AUGUCUCUGCUUCAAGAAGAAAAUGAGGAAGAUCCCAGCUUCAUCUCCGAGUUUGUCAGAUGGGGAAGUUUCAAUGACAUGUUACUAGAACCAGUGAAAGUCAACGAAAAGUUUAUCCCAGAUACUUUCUUAAAGCAUCCUUCAUGUACAAAAAAUGCGUCACUGUUAAUAACAGAUGCAGAAGAAAAUGAAACUACAUUUCUAAUCAGACCUUUUGUAAGACAGCAUUAUUUGACUGACUUUUCAUAUUCUCAAGCUAAAUUAAUUUGUAACUUCUCACAGCAAUACAACUGGGGUUAUCUGGACAGUGAAAUCCUUUCUGAGUUCCUGCAUAGAGAGGUGUGUAUUCCAAGGAGCAGUACCAAAAAGGUGGUACUUAAUGUAAUGCCAAAAAUGCUAAAUGUGCUUAAAGUAGUAAAUACACAGGAUCCCCGAUUCAGCUCUGAGUUAGUCAUCUCUGGAAGUUACAAUGACAAGCUGCAGGUGUCUGAGCCAGAUGAAUUUGAUUUUCUAGUACCACUAAAGGAUUUUCCAAAAAUUAUCCCACCAUGUUUACCAGAACAUCUUGCAAAGAGCGAUACUGUACCACUGGUUGUUUUCCCACUGAAAGCUGAAACAGCCAGUCCUUUUUCUUGGGAAGCAGAAGAUGUAUCUGACCCAUUACGUGCAAACGAAUAUCUCGUAAACCCUAUUAAGGUUAUGUGCAUUUUUAAGAAGUAUGUACAAACAGCUGUGCAGCAUCUGGAACUGACAGAUAACAUUACAGUUUGUAAGCACUAUCAAGGUACACCAGCUUUGACUCUUAUCGUGCAACAAGGUAACACCAAGACAAAAGUUGAUCUUGUGCCGUUCGUCAAAGAUCCAUAUAACUACUGGCACUUAGCAUGGCCUAGGGAAGGAUCCAAGUGGCCAUCUGCUGAAAAGAUUGAGGAAUGCAAAAUGAUGGGUGUGGACCUUGUAGCCAAGAAUACUGUAUUCUGGAGAUAUUCCUUUUCCCGAAUUGAAAAUUUCCUGCUUGAAAGUAUUGAUGCUGAUGGUGGCUGCAGAAAAGACAGCCUGCGUAUCCUUAAAAAGAUUCAGAUCGAUCACUGGGAAUUACAAUACAAGAAGGUGUUGGCAUCCUAUCAUCUAAAGCUGACCUUAUUUUGGGCAUGUGAAAAACACCCAAACUCCAGCUCUUGGAGUGAUCUUGCCAUGUCCUUCAGAAGGUUGGUGGAUUGCCUCAUCGGCCAUUUAUCGAAGAUGCAUCUUCCCCACUAUUUCGUAGAUGAGGUCAACAUGUUCAGAACUGAUAAUGACAGCAAAGUAAAGCUCCAAGAGUUAUGUGAAGAAGUGAAGAAGCUAAAGAGAAACCCAAAAUACUAUCUAAGUACAGAAGCCUAAUGUCAGUUGCACUGUUAUAAUGUUCGAAGCAGAAGGGUUCUAGGAUAAAGUUAUUCAGGAAAUAAAGGCCUUACACCAAAGAGACAGGAAGAACUGACUAUCUGAUUACAUACUGCGAUAACAAAAUAUUUAGUUGAAUAAAAUUAUGGUCUAAGCUGCAUGCUGAGUUUUCUGUUCUAAUUGUUGCAACAGAAGUUGUAUUACUAGAAGCAACCACUGAUCUGCAAAUAUUUUACUUUUGCAAAAGUAUAUUAGUAAUUCAGUGAGAAGUGUAGAUUACAGAAUGGAGUACAAUGAUGCAGAGUGCUCAGUUCUAAACUGAACGUUACUCAUCGACACAUACGAAAACAAGCACUAAAGCUAAAUUAGGCUAUAUGACCCAUCAAAUGUAUGUAUUCCUCACAUUUGCCAUCACAUCAGCACCAGAAUUAAAUUCAGCAGAGCUUCUUGUUACUUUCCUGAAAAUAAACACAAAUAGUGAAUAUGUAUUAAUGUCUGUUACAUUGCUCCUGGCGACAAUACUACUUACUGGAAGAUAUAGGUUCAUAGGUUAGUACUAGGCUAACUUCCCUUAUGGGCCAUUUUUUUAAGCCUAGCCAAUUACUAAAUGUCAGAAUCAAACCCUGCACCUUGUGUUUCUAAGGUAAGCACCUUAACCAUUACGCCAACCUUGGAUAUCCUCAACAGUUCCACAAGAAAAAAAACUUCCAGUUGAUGUCAGUAUCAGUUAGUUGGACAUAACUUCUAACUCCCCUACAUCUAGCAUGAACUUAUACUACAACUAAUUAACAGUCCCACACAUUAUAGCAAGACAUUGAAUUCCUUAUUAGAUAGGAUCCUAGUAUCAGACCCUAGCAAAUUCACCACCACAGGUACAAUGUCAGACUCUCUCAGUGACCAUC